UCCCACUGUCGGGUGUGAAGUGUCCAUUAAUCUGUGAAAGAAUGAGGAUGAGCUUUGGGUUGACUUUCAGGUCAGCAAAAGACCAUUGGACCAUGAACCUCGGCCGGCAGUGCUCACAUGGAUCCAUUGGGUUAUUUGUGCCAUGCAGUCCUCCUUUGGACCCUGAGAAUGUCAGAGAAUUACAGCGCUUUGUCACCCUUUCCAAGAGACUCCUAGUGAUGACUGGGGCAGGAAUCUCCACUGAGUCGGGGAUCCCAGACUAUAGGUCAGAAAAGGUGGGACUUUAUGCCCGCACUGACCGGAGGCCCAUCCAGCAUGUUGAUUUUGUACGGAGUGCUCCAAUCCGCCAGCGGUACUGGGCGAGGAACUUCGUAGGCUGGCCUCAGUUCUCUUCCCACCAGCCUAACCCUGCACACUGGGCUUUGAGCAACUGGGAGAAACUCGGAAAGCUGUACUGGUUGGUGACCCAAAAUGUGGAUGCCCUGCACACCAAGGCAGGGAGUCAGCGCCUGACGGAACUCCAUGGAUGCAUGCACAGGGUCCUCUGCUUGGGUUGUGGUGAGCAGACUCCCCGGGGGAUGCUGCAGGAGCGCUUUGAGGUCCUGAACCCCACCUGGAGCGCUGAAGCCCAUGGCCUGGCUCCCGAUGGUGAUGUCUUUCUCUCAGAGGAGCAGGUACAGAGCUUUCAGGUCCCAUCCUGCAUUCGAUGCGGAGGCCCUCUGAAACCAGAUGUGGUUUUCUUCGGGGACACAGUAAACCCUGACAAGGUUGAUUUUGUGCACCAGCGUGUAAAAGAAGCCGACUCGCUCUUGGUGGUGGGAUCGUCCUUGCAGGUGUACUCUGGUUACAGGUUUAUCCUCACUGCCCGGGAGAAGCAGCUACCAAUUGCAAUAUUGAACAUUGGGCCCACACGGUCAGAUGACUUGGCCUGUCUGAAACUGGAUUCUCGUUGUGGAGAGUUGCUGCCUUUAAUAGACCCACGCUGACCACAGCGUGAUGUUUCUGAACCAGAAACAGGGAUUUUCACUUGAAUUCUGCUGCUAAAGGUAAAUGCCAUCUCAGAUGACAGACAGAUUCCAGUUCCCAUUCCACUGAGAGUAGUAGGGUGCACUGUAUGUAUGGCCAUUCUUAAUUAAAACUAAUUUUUUAAAUACAUAAAACUACAGUGUUUGAAAGGCUAUGAUUUUCAAGUUCUAGGCACAAAGCUAUUUAAGACAGUAAAUGUUCCAAAAUCUGCCACUGCUUUUAAAAAGCAAUGCCCCAUUAUUUGAAAUAACAGCUUUAUUGAGAUAAAACUCACAUACCAUAAAGUUUACCCUUUAAAGUGUAAAUUGACUGGUUUUUAGUUCACUCACAAAGUUGUGCAUUUAUUACUACUAUCUAGUUCCAGAACAUUUUCACCAUCCCAAGAAGAAAUCUUACAUCCGUUAGCAAUAAUUCCCUAUUCCCCACCACUAUCAUCACCACCCCUAGCCCCUGGCAACAAUUCAUUUCAAACAGUAUUUGGCCUUUUUUCUGGGUUCUCUAAUUAGCAUAAUGUAUCCAAGUUUCAUCCAUAUAGUAGCAUGUUUCAGUACUUUAUUCCUUUUUAUGGUUGAAUAAAAUUCCAUUGUAUCAAUAUAAUACAUUUAUCAGU